GUAGCCAGACAUCCUUGGGCACACAUGCACUUCACAACCCUGCUCUUGUUUGUACUAGAAGUUCAGUGGCGCACAUGCGAUUCGGCACACGCGCUUUGGGGGUUGAACCCCAGGAGCCAAGCGACGUCAGGCGCGAGAAACUCCUCAGGAGACUAGCAGCGAGUCAGAGAUCAGACGGGCUCAGGUGCCGUCCGGUUGAAUGUUACACCGCAGGGCCGUGACGCCAACUCUGCGACGAACAUGCGGCACGCGCUGAUGAAGGUGCUGCUUGGUAGAGCGCGGCCUGCGGCCCUGCGCCGCGGCGGCAGCGGCGAUGGUGGUCGUGGAGGGCCUGGCCCCACCAGCAGCAGCAGCAGCAGCAGCAGCAGCAGCAGCAGCAGCAGCAGCAGCAGCAGCAGCAGCAGCAGCAGCAGCAGCAGCAGCAGCAGCAGCAGCAGCAGCAGCAGCAGCGGCGGCGGCAGCAGCAGCAGGAUCUGCAGCGGCACAGGGCCUGGCGGCAGCGGCACAAGGCCCAGCAGUUGCGGUGUGCAUGUGCGUAGCGGAGGGGGCGAGCAAGGCCACGUGGAGGUGGAGAGCGCGGCGUCGCCCAAGAAGCGGCGCGGAGCGCAGGUUGAGGCCGGCCGGUGCCUAGUUCGGGUCUUUGCUGGCGAGCAUAGCACCGCACAGUAUGUGGCAGGCCGCAGCAAUGAGGAGUGUUGCGGGCUAGAGUGCUAGACCUGGUGGUUGCAGUCGCGGUGGGGUUGGGCACGGCAGCGGCUGUAGUGCAGGACUCAGCGGCCCACCGGGGCAUUCUGCAUGCAUAGGGCACCGGCUACACAGCCGCUGUGUUGUCAUACCUAUAACACGUCUCUGCUAUCUGGUAUGCCCCAAACUGUACAAGCGUGGUGGUGCUGGUUCAUCGACAUUUAAACC